AUGUCAAAUCAAAGUAAUUUUUUAAAGGAAAUUCUAGAAACUAAUAGAUACCCAAAAUUGUAUCAAGUUUUAGGAUGCGAUGUUGAUUGUUCACCAAGUAAAAUCAAAGAACGAUAUAUAGCUUUAUCAUUAAUAUGUCAUCCAGAUCGUGGUGGUUCAAAAGAAAAAAUGAGUGAGAUCAAUGAAGCUUAUUCUGUCCUAUCAGAUCCAACAAAAAGAAAAAUAUAUAAUACUUUAGGUUCAGACCUUCUCAUUGAAAGUGUUGAAAAAUAUUAUCACUACCAAAGUAUAUUUUUUGAUUUCCUUCCAAUUUUCUCAACUUCAAAAAUUAUUUCAUUUUUAAAUUUAAAAGAAAUUGCAAUUUAUUAUUCUGGAAAUAGAGGUGGUAGAAUUUUAGAAGAUGGUAAAAGAUUAGGAUUUCUUCAUGUACUUGGAUUUCCUUUAGUUCAUCAUAUUAUAGAAAGUUCAAUUUCAAAUUUAUUUAUAGAAUUGGAGCUUGAUGCUGAAGAAUAUAAUAAAAAAAAAGACACAGGUUUUCGUAAAAUCAAAAAAUACAUAAAUGUAAAUAAUAUUAUUCCAGAAGUGAUAGCAUCAUUCUUUUCAGCACCAUUUGAAAUUGCAGCUUGUAAAGCCUAUUGUCAAAAAUAUGAAAUUCGAAAUCUUUUGGAUUUUUUCAUAUUUCCAGCAAAAAAUAGUAACAAUGCAGCAUAUUACGUAAACAGUUUCAAGAUUAGACCUCUAAAUGGUCCAUCAUUACCAUAUGUUGGAAAACAUUCAUCAUUAAAUGAAAUUUCUCAAAAUAUAGCGGAAUACAUUAAAAUUUAUAAACUCUCAUAUAAAACAGUAUUGGGAUUUGUUGGAUCAAGAAUUUGUUUCAUCAUACUUAUGGAUUUCCUUGGUUAUUACUCUGAUUUUUAUCAACAUAAAUUUUUAGAAGCUCAAGAAUCAUAUGAUUAUUGUUUAAGAAAUAAAGAAAUCGUAUUGAAUGCAACGAGAAAAAUGAGACAAGUAUCAAAUAAUAAUAAUAAUAAUGAUAAUAAUAAUAAUAGUAAUAAUAAUCCAAAUAAUGAUAAUGAUAAUGAUAAUGAUAUUGAUAAUGAUAAUGAUAAUAAUAAUAAUAAAAAUAAUGAUAAUAAUAAUAAUAAUAAUAAUAAUAAUAAUAAUAAUAAUAUUGAUAUUGAUGAAGCAGAAUUUGAAAAUAUAAAAUCAAAACUUAAAUAUGAAAGAGAAAAGUAUAAAUCACUUUCUUGGAUGUUUUAUAUAUCUUCAUAUUGUUUACCAGGUAUAUUAUUUAAUACUCAUAGAGUAUUACUUGGUGGUGAAAAAGGGAAAUUUUUCUCCCUCAAUUCACUAAUGGCAUCAGUUGCAAAUGGGUUAACAUAUUUAAUAUUUGAUAAAAUUUGCCAACGAUUUGGUAUAAUCUCUCAAAAA